AUGAGGAUAGCACGUCUUGUAGCCUGUCUCGCCGUCGCCUUCACGGUGCACGCCGCGUCUGUCCCGAACAGCAACGCGCUCGACCUCCUCGAAGAGCAUGCCGCGAGCGCACCGCGGUCGGAUAUCCUCGCUCCCGAGAAUGCGCUUGAGAAGCGCAAGGGCGGUGGAGGGAGAGGUGGAGGAGGCAGUGGAGGUAAUGGAUCCUCCGGCAGGACUAGUCCGAGCUCCAAUGCCGGUGGAGCCACGCGAUCGGGCUCCGGUCCCGCUCGCGCAUACGGCGGAGGCGGCUUCUAUGGCGGAGGUGCUGCAUCACCGUAUUCAUCUGGCUCAAGGUCUCCGAAAGGCCUGCUCGCCGGAGCCCUCAUCGUUCCUGCGCUCGCGAUCGCUCUACUCCCUGGUCUCUGGCUGUGGAGUGUCUAUCCAUACUACUUCAACAACCGCUACAGAUUCGUCAACCAGACGAUCCAGAACGCCACCAACCCGAACGGCUUCAAUGCAUCGCUACCAGUCGUGUGCCUUUGCCAGCAGUUCAGCGUCUGCGGCUGCGAUGAGAACGAUAAUCAGCAGUACCUGACUGAUCUGGUCGGAAACGGAAGCUACGCGGCGCUGAACAAGACGCUCGUUACCGUGUCGGAUGUCAAUGGAACACAAACACUGGUCCUGAACGGCACCUUGCCUAAUGGCACUACCGCCCCUGGAGGCACGGACGAUGCUGGCGUCACAUUGUCUGUUGGAUACUCAGGCUACUGGAUCACCGGCUUGCUCGCACUGUACGCAGUUGCCUUCUUGUAG